CGUCAGUGAUCACGUGUUUCCUACUACGAUUUGCUGAAGUUUGACAAAAGUUUGACAAGCCCGAGGAGCGUCGACAGAGAAGAUCCGAGGAUCAGAAGAGUUUGACGGACACACGUUCCUCCAAACUUACGGCCUGUGUUUCCGGAGCAGCUAUGGAAGCUGUCGCCCAGAAAGUGCUGACUUCCGGAUUCUCUCUUGAUUUGGGACCCCUGAAAGAACCAUUGGCGUUUAUCCGCUUGUUACAAUGGGUGUUCUCCAUAUUUGCCUUCGCUACGACUGUGGGUUACACUGGCACAACCAGCAUCAACGUCUCAUGCAAAGGGAGUGUGAAUAUUGUACAAGCGAACUUUAACUACCCGUUCAGGUUGAUGCAGCAUCCCUAUAAUGUUCCGGACUGUGUAGUCAAUACGACCACCACCACUACUCACUACCUGACAGGAGACCACUCAUCCUCGGCAGAGUUUUUCGUCGCUAUUGGAGUAUUGGCCUUUCUUUACUGCACUGCCACCCUAGUCCUGUACUUGGGCUUCCAGCACUUGUAUAGAGAAUCUAGUCGUGGUCCCCUUGUGGACCUGUUGGUGACUGCGGCCUUUGCUUUCCUGUGGUUGGCAUCAUCGUCUGCUUGGGCUAAAGGCUUGACCGAUGUCAAGUAUGCCACCAGCCCGUCAACCAUUGUGCUUCUUCUUGAAGUCUGCAAAAAUUCCAACACGUGCACCCCGGGCGCAUUCCCUCACAUGGGCCGACUCAACGUUUCAGUGAUUUUUGGUUUUCUUAACCUCAUCCUGUGGAGCGGCAACUGCUGGUUCAUUUACAAGGAAACACCGUUCCACAAGUCGGCCGACCCGCCUGCAGAUGUGGAGGGGGCUGGUAGGCCAACGUAACUGCACAGCGUCCUCAUCUCAAAACUGUCUACCAAGUAGUUUUAUUCAAUGUGUCAUUUCGGAACUAAUGUUAUGCUAAUAUUGUAGAACGCAUGCUACACAUUUCUAAAACCAACCGCUUCUUUUUUUUGUGCAUGGUAUUCAUUUAUAUUUACGGCGGUGUAAUGUUAUUUCAAGGGGUAGUAGAAUUUGACUUAUGGACUGAAAGCUACACAGGAAGUUGUACCAGUGGAAAAAAUUGUUAUAAAUAUAGUUAUGCAUUGUUUGCUUAACUGCAGCAUCACUUUGUCAUUAUCUUAACUUUCAACAAUGUUUCUCUACCAUAUUUUUGUUUCCAAACACCAAAAAAGUCAGAGUUUCCAGUGUCAGAAUAACAAAAUACCAAAUGAAUAUAAAAUAGUUGAAGCGCAUGUUCUGUUGACACAGUAUAGCCUGGAGACAAUAUUGGAGAAACACUUUCUGUUUAAUCCUAAAACUUAAAAUAGCCAUCUAAGAAUAGUUGAUUCAAUGAUUAAAAUUUAAAUACCUUUUUUUUUUUUUAAAUGAUUAAUUUGCCAUUAAGAGAUUAGUUAUAAAGUUGUCCACGUAGUUUUAUUUCAACACUUUUGUGGCCUAGUCAUUUUGCUGUUGUGAAAUUAGACAAAACAACUGAAUGUCAAGUUUGUGGUGCAUAUAACUGUUAAGAGCAUGAUUGCUUUCUUUUGGUUGUUUAUUUACAUUUAAAGUUACUGCACUUAUUAGUUACUGUUUUUUUCCUGACAGAAUUUGUUUCAUUUGUUCUAAUAAUGUUUAAAUCAAAGGAAAAAACCUGAGGUUCCCGAAAGUCUUACAGAAUUUGAAUACAACCGUUCUACACCGUUAACUAGCUGGUUACUCUUAGCAGAGUUUAUAAAAAAAUUGAGUGAUUUCUAACUUACUGCUUACUUUGUUUCUAUCUUGCUUUAACCUGGCUUCUACCUCCACAUUGUUAUAGGCAAGGCAAGCUGUUUUCCCUGAUAAAGCAUCAUUUGUUUAACAGUGCAAGUGUGCGCCUUCACUGUGUUGAUAAAAAUGUCACAUUGAAGAGACAGGAGUUCUUAUCACAAUCCACGAUUGGACACGAGGAUAUUUAAUGCAGUGUAUCAUUAAAAAUUAAGAACUGUAAUUGUCAUGUUUUAUUUUUUUACAUACCUGAUAUAUUUAAUUUUUAGCAUACGCACAGUACAGAAUGUGUUGAUCAGACUGAUGAAGCCGACCUGGACCCCCCCUGACACACACACACUCUUACACACACAAAGUGCCCUGUAAUCGGUCACGCCACACCUGUUUCUCAUGAUGAUGUGGGAUCUGUAGUAAUUUGUGCUGAUUAGGUAUCCAGCCUGCAGAGUGGGUGGCAAACACUGUACCUCUGCAAGGCAUCACCCACUGCCAACACACACACAUCCUGUUAGUUCAGUCAAAUGAAAUAUAGAGAUAAAUGCAAGUUCAUCAAGAUUAUUAUGAAAAUAAGGUAGUGAGCAACAUCCAGGGAUGUGGAGUUACAGUUUUACUCUCGUGCACAGAAAAACAGACUUGGGAUACUAUAAGCUUUUUUACCCCUAAUUUUUUAUUAGCAAAUUCAUCAAAACAUGUUUGGGACAAACACAGCAUAUACAACAUGAAGAGUUGAUAGCCCAUCUGAAAUAUCUCCUACUAGGAUCAAAGCGAUCGAUUGCUAUUUUAUGUUGAAUUGGUUUAAUAUAUUGUUUGAUUUUAUUGUCAAAAAUAAAUGAUUAUGGCUUAUGUAUACUA